AUGCAGAGUCGGGAUGAAGCAGGAAAAAUGAACCUGAAGCAAGCGAGCGUAUCAGAAACAUGCUGCAGCCGCCAGCCAAAACCGGCACCUUCUGACCUGCGCUGCCACCUGCGUCUCCGUCGAAUCCUCUCUCGACACUCCAACUCCCUCAGAAGACUCGAUCCCUGUUUCUCUUGUUUCUUUCGUCUCUUCUGCUCGAACCACUCGCUUGUCAUGUUGAGUUCCCGCCGCGGGUUUCACGUCACAUCCAUGUCUUGCCUCGCGAUUCGUCUCGCAACCUCGCCAGCAUCUCGCCAACCUCUCGUCAAGCGGAGACACAAGAUCGGCCGGCAUGAUGCCAAUGGGACUACAACCUCUCGGUCGUCGAGUCCAGGCCAGUCGAGCUGCUCUCUUCUAUUUCGGGCGCUUCGCAACCCGCCAGGCUCUAUGAGGGGGAUACCCCUCCAGCCCAAUCAUCGUCGUGAUUCCCGCUCGACUUCACACAAUUGA